AUGAGUUUCUUGAACUUGAGAAACCGCAGAACGCCUGGUCGCACCGUUUCAAAGACUGCGGAUCCCGGAACCGAAUCUACCUCUACUCAGUAUCCUGAUAGCCGACGUCCAAUUUUCCUUCGUACUUUGGCCCGCGGCAAAACGUCCGAGGACUCUGGUGUUGAAGUUUACCGAGACACGGAAGGCCAUAUCUGCAUUUCCACCGAUGGGAGUGUGAAAGAAUUGCCGAACCCAGGGCCAAAUUAUCUCAUAUUUGAUGUGUCUCCAGCGGGAGAUAGAGUCUGCAUUGCCGACUCCCAGGCUCUGAGCCUCUACAGCGCCGAAAAUCAACAACUACUGGGUAGUUGGGAGACUACGCAAUGUGGGAACAAGGCAGAUCUCUAUAGCUUUUCGCAAGAAGCUCUUAUCAAAGACAUUGCCAUGAUUAACACAAAAAUCGUGGUUCUCCAAAUAAUAGACAGUAAAAGGUGGCCUGGGGAUAUCGUCUUUGUGAGCCUGGAGGCAAAGGAUCUGACAGAGUCCCGAAUAAUGCCUACGGCUCGAUCAACUCCGGAAAAUUCUCAACCACUCUGUUCUUUCAGAACGGUCUCAAUCUUUCCCUGUCAAAACAUACCAUCGACGCGUGUUUUAUUGCCUCAGAACUGGGACAUUGUUACAAUUAUUUCGAAAUACCACUACAUUUAUCCCAGAAACAAAGUGUCAAGAAAAAUAUUUGAAGGGCCGCAGCAGGACACGAAUCUUUACGAUAUGACUAGUUGGCUCACAUCAGAAAGCAAGUGUCAUGGGGAAUCAUUGCACGGGUUUGCCGUUAAUGAUCUCCUCGACAAUCCCACACGAGCGUUUUACUUGGGCGGGAUUGAUCCUCUGCAGAAAUCCCACGAAAACCUCCAUACCUCAAUUUGGAAAAACGAAGCCCAAAAGUUGAUGUGGCAGCCAUUUAGUUGGGUGGCUGCUCAUUAUCGCCACGGGGAACCGAUCUCUAAAGACUCCAUGGAGCUUGAUAGAACGUUCGACGCCCUGACGAGUUCAAAUGCCCCUUCAAAACAGAUGGCGGAUCGAAUAGUAUCUUUGCAGAUUGAAUUCGCCAUACGAUCAUACGCACCACAUGGUUCUGGGCAAAGGACACUGGCUGCAUUUCCCAGGUUUGACUCACGGACUAGGAGGAGCGUGAUAGAUGUCUGGGAUCUGGACCAAAGAGCAAGAAGAACCACGCUGGCGGACAGGCAGAAGAACUUUUGGAUUGGUACGGGUCGAUGGGGUGGGUUCUCGCCUGAUCUUGGAAUCCUGAGAGUUUACUCUGAGGUGGUGGGACAAGAGGAGGAUGACUCUCAAGAAGAACUCUGGUUGAUUCCUUAA